AUGUUUCCUCUUCGAGCAGUGCUCGAGCCCUGUGUCAAGAAUGUAAUAAUACCCAUCGCAGAAAUAGUCAAAGAUAGCAUCUCCACAACCUCAAAGCUCCUUGCCGAGGAAACUUAUUCUUCUUACUCUUCUUAUUCUUCACACUCUCUCACAUCCUCAACCGUACUGAUUGGAACUACAACAACAACCGCUGCUAGCAGAAAAGAACUACUACCUAAUAGAAAAAUUAUAUCUUCCUCGAAACAAUCUCCUGCUUCUAACAUCUACGCAUAUUAA